AUGGGGAACAUCGUCAGGUCCCUUGUGGCCUUCAUUCCCACGGACCGCUGCCAGAACUACGUGGUGGGCGACCUCCGGGAGAUGCCGCUGGACAAGAUGGUGGAUCUCAGUGGGAACCAGCUGCGCCGCUUCCCCGGACACGUGUGCUCCUUUAGGGAGCUGGUCAAGCUCUACCUGAGUGACAACCACCUCAACAGUCUGCCUCCGGAGCUGGGCCAGCUGCAGAACCUGCAAAUCCUCGCCUUGGAUUUCAACAACUUCAAGACUCUGCCCCAGGUGGUGUGUACCUUGAAGCAGCUCUGUAUCCUCUAUCUGGGUAACAACAAACUGUGUGACCUUCCCAGUGAGCUGAGCCUGCUUCAGAACCUCCAGACCCUGUGGAUCGAGGCCAACUGCCUCACCCAGCUGCCAGAUGUGGUCUGUGAGCUGAGCCUCCUCAAGACUCUGCACGCGGGUUCCAAUGCUCUGCGCCUGCUGCCAGGGCGGCUGCAGCGUCUCCAGGAGCUGAGGACCAUCUGGCUCUCAGGCAAUCAGCUGACCGACUUCCCCCCAGUGCUGCUACACAUGCCCUAUCUGGAGGUGAUCGAUGUGGACCGGAACAGUAUCCAUUACUUCCCCAGUCUGGCCCACCUGUCAAGCCUUAAGUUGGUCAUCUAUGACCACAAUCCUUGCAGAAACGCACCCAAGGUGGCCAAAGGUGUGCGCCGUGUGGGAAGGUGGGCAGAGGACACGCCAGAGCCUGACCCCAGGAAAGCCAGGCGCUAUGCGCUGACAAACGAAGAACUCCCAGAGCAGCAACCGCCUGCCUCACCUCCUCCGAUUGCUCUUAUCAAUUCCUGA